AUGCAGUAUACCACAUUGGAACGAAGUUCAAGGGGAACAGGAUCCUUAACCCCUGGAACACGAAUAACGAAGGAGGUAGAUCGCCGGUUUGAAGAGAUCUCUCAUACAACAAAUCUAUCUAAAGAGAUGUUAAUCCGAGUCACGAGGUUCUGUCUCACCACGGGGUACUUCGUGUUCCAGGGGGAGGUUUAUUCCCAACUCGAUGGAGUGGCCAUGGGAUCACCGAUCAGCCCCAUCAUUGCUGACAUUGUCAUGCAGAGAGCUAUUGAGAAAACUCUUGAAAACAGCACAAUGAGAAUCAUGUUCACCAAGAAAUAUGUGGACGACCUUCUGCUUGCGGUGCACAGGGAUGAUGUGGGCGAAGUCCUCCAACAAUUCAAUUCCUUUCAUCCGAAGAUCCAAUACACAAUGGAAAUUGAGCAAAAUGGAUCCAUUCCUUAUUUGGAUAUGAUGGUGUGCCGCCGACCUGGUGAAACGACCCUGAAGACCACUUGGUAUUCAAAAACGUGUGCAUCACAUCGGAUGUUGAAUUAUAAUAGUGGCCACCCUAAAUAUAUGAUACUCAAUGUUGCCCGAAAUUUCAUGAACAGAGUACAUACAUUGACUUCAGAAGAAAAUAAUGAUAACUCAAGGAGGAUACGAUCUUACCUACGACUCAACCAUUUUCCGGAACGGAUAAUUAGGCUCCUCAUGAAUCGCAACAUCGCAACACAUCCAUCGAGUAGGAGAGAGAGGGAAUCACCCACAGUUUUUCACUCGGUCACAUACAUUCCUGGAGUGUCUGAGAGGAUAAGGAGAAUAGUUGGAGAAACCCUGGGACAUGGUGUGGCAUUCCGGACUAUGGGGAAGAAUCGAAGAUUCUUCACAAUGGUUAAGGAUUCUGUUCCCCUUGAACUUCGUUCCAAUGUGGUAUACUGCAUUCCAUGUGGGGGUUGUGAGAAGGUGUAUAUAGGAACCACAUCACAGCACCUAAAAAAUAGGAUGAAUCAGCACAGAAGGGAUUGCAGACCCCCAAUUAAAAACGAUGGAGUAACCGCUCUCUGCAAUCACAGAGCAUCCACUGGACAUAAAUUUCGAUUCGAGAAUGUGUCCAUCAUUGAUAUGCACCCACAUCGCGGAAAAAGGGAAAUACUUGAAACACUUCACAUUCAGAAAAACCGUGAAAACACCGUCAAUAAAAAGGGUGAUGUUUACAUCAGUACGAUAUAUGCCAAUAUAAUUAGCAUGCAAUCACGGAGGGGAAAUGAUAAUGAUGAUAAUCGAUGA